UAGAUCUCAGUUUGCAGAUGACAUCGAUCUCUUUAUGGGCCCAAAACUUCAAAACCAAUUCUUCUGAUUGAUCAAAUUUACAGGAAACAUGCUUCCCAAGAUCUAAAUAAAGCUUUCCUUUCAUUUGACAUCUUUAAAAGCGGAUCAAGGAGAUUUUUUGGUCGAGUCUUGCACUGGAAGUGUCGAAUUCGCAGUCAAUUCUGAUGGCAACCUCCAUUGGUUGUAAUGGGAGAGGCCCAAUCAGCCGUCUAGCCAAUCAGCUCGCAGCAUGUCAACAGGCUGCCCGAUUGACUGCUUUGCCAUCCAAUCAGGCUCUUGCCCGUUGCUAUUCCACAAAAGACAGGCCCACUGGCAAACCGGAUUUGUCAGAGAAGCAACUGACCAAGCGAUUUGUUGACUGGCAGAAAAUCCAUGUGGUUGCGGGUAACGGCGGCAAUGGUAGCAUCUCCCUGAGACGAGAGGCGCACAAAGAGUUUGGCGGGCCAGACGGAGGAGAUGGCGGGCAUGGGGGCCAUGUCAUCCUUGAAGCUGAUCAGUGCAUAAAAUCACUGGAGCCCGUGAACCGUCAUUACAGAGCAGAACACGGGGAACCAGGCAGAAAGAACAAUUCGACAGGAAGAAAUGGUGGCCAUACCAUAAUCAGAGUUCCAAUAGGAACCAUCAUCAAAGAAGGCAAAACGAUGAUUGCAGAUCUAGACUCGGAGGGAGACCAGUUUAUCCUUGCCCGUGGAGGACAAGGUGGGAGGGGGAACCGAUCCUUUGCCACACCAUUCAAUAGGACUCCCCGAAUCGCUGAACGAGGCACGCUAGGCCAGGAGUUACUUGUUACACUGGAGCUCCGGAUGAUGGCGCAUGCUGGACUGAUUGGGUUUCCAAACGCCGGCAAGUCGACUCUUUUGCGGGCUCUGUCCCGAGCCAGGCCAGCAGUGGCUGCCUACCCCUUCACAACCCUUAACCCUCAUGUAGGGAUGGUGCAGUACAGUGAUCUGGAACAAGUCGCAGUUGCUGAUUUGCCCGGGCUGAUCCGUGGAGCUCAUCUCAACCGAGGCCUGGGACACUCCUUCCUUAGACACAUCGAGCGCUGUCGCUGCCUGCUGUACGUCCUGGACCUCUCAGCCAAGGAGCCUUGGACCCAGCUCUGGGACCUGCAGUACGAGCUGGAGCAGUACCGGGAGGGUUUGUCACAGAGACCCCACGCUGUGGUGGCCAACAAGAUUGACCUGCCUGAGGCGGCAGAAAACCUGAGGCUGCUUUGCGAGAAUGUGGAGCUGCCCGUCAUCGACAUCUCGGCGCACUACCUGACCAACAUCGACAAGCUGAAGGGGCAUCUGAGGGAACUGUACGACAAGGACAUGAAGGGUAAACUGAUGCCAAAGGUGGUCAGAGAAGAGAACAAACGAAUUUUAUGAUAGAGAAGACAAGGCUGAUGCAAGGUUAUCAAAGGAUUCUAUAUCCCCACUCUAUCUCUAUCUACUUUUUCACUUACUCAUGUCCCAACAGAAGAAAAGGAAAAACCAUGUCUAAUGGCAAACUUAAGCUUUUUCUGUAACCACUUGCCUCCGGAGAUCCUGGUACCAGGUACCUUGAGUUUGUACACAUAGCUGGGGUAACCGAAAUCGGACAAAGGAGCUGGGCCUUGUAACCAAAAAACGUACUUGGAAUAAAGGACUGAGCUGCUCGGAAUUGCCAACAUUUUUCAGCUGGUAUUAGUGGAGGUAAUACAUCAUUGUUUUGAAACAGUAUACCACUGUUUGCGGCAUUCAGCGCCCGCGGAUUAUCAGCGGGGUAAAAGUGCACCAGCACACCAGGGAUGACUGAUACAGUAUCGCUGCAUGCUUAUCUGGCCACAUUUGUAAAGACACCACUGCUGUUCAGCAACGCACUGGGCCAAUUUUGGGAACAAAGGAAAUGAUGUGACACCUCACAAUUCUAGGCCCUCUUUACUCGGUGGCUGGCCUGACUGCAAUACUGGGGCGUCAAUGGAGGUUGCCUGUCAGAUUAGAGUAGCCACCAGACAGUCAUUCUUGUGGGUGUAAACGUCCAGUAAAUG